GUCCCAUCCACUUGGUUUUGUCGCAACUUGAAGCUCAUUGAGGACUAUACUCGCGACCAGUGAACGAUCACCGUGAUCAAACAUCGAGAUGGCGCACAGAGAUUUCGAGCUCCUGUCUCAGGCAGACGAGGGUAAGUCUGCAAUAUGUUCGCUUUCGAGGCUAUGUCACUGACAUGCGCAGAUAAUCUUCACAAUAUCUCACGAUUACUCACGAUUGAAUCCCGACCCUACCAAAGACUGUCAAGUCGUCUUCUGAAGCCAGACGCGCUGAACUAUGCACGACCUACACAUCUCCCAUCUCCACCUUUGGAUGCCUCUGCUGGCGACGAAGAAGCUGCGGCGCGCGCUGCUAUCAACGACAAGCAAAUUCAGGACAUCAGGACAUGGCAAAACGAGAUCGCGAGCGAGAUCUCAUUACUGGAUUACGCGAUUGUGCGCAUGGAGUUCACGACCAAUAGCAACCACACGGAGAGGCAGCGUUAUGCGAAGGAGAAAACCGCAAUCACAGCGAAGCAGCAAGAUGUACGAGAUCACAUCGAGGAGCUGAGGGUCCAGCUGAAAGAGGCAAAAGAGACGCUGGCGAUCCGCAAGACCUACGACGAAUUGACGGAAAAGAUCACGAGCAGCAAGAUGCUGAAGCCGCGGGAUGAGCAGGCUGCCGCGCAUGCAAAGCUUGAUGAGGAGAUUGCCGAGUUGCAGCAAGAGGUGGAGAACUCGAAGAAUACAUGGGCUGAGCGCCGGACCCAGUUUGGUCGUAUUCAGGAUGAGGCGGAGGAGAUGCUACGCAUGAUUAAGGAUGAAAAGGAGGAAGCAGAGCGCAAGGAGGGUAUGAUGAAAGAUGGAGAUGAUAACGAGGAUGGCGAGGGAAGCACGACUAGGGGUGGUGCCAGCCAAGUAGGCACACCAAAACCAGAUGCCGGCGGAGCCACCCCGAUACACACCAGCCAGGCGGAUGAUAACUCACAAAGCCUGAAGGUUCCUCAGGAUCGUUUGGCUCCACUUUCCCGUGGGGGCAGCACCGCGGUCUCACCUGCGAGAUCUGGGCUUGAAGAUACUGAGAUGGCAGAUUCUGGCGCCCAGGAUGAUGACUCCUCCGGCAUUGAGGAGGGUGAGGAAGAGGAAGAUGACGGGCCACCUGACGAGAUGGACGAGUCUUGAUUCUACAAGUUCGCCACUCUUUGGAUAAUACUGCAUUUCAAAAUCAUAGAUUGCUUGGUGACAAGCAGUUCACAGCAGGGGAACUUGUCUUCUGCGAUCAUCUUAUACCCUUCAGCAUAGCGCACGGCGUUUGAAACAAAUGUGUCUUUAUUAUUUGGGAAAGGGUAUAAUAUAGGUUCAUCAAUGAAUACUAUGCGAUAUACUCUCACAUCUAAGUACUCUCCGCGAUGCUCUUCUUUCCCGCGGUGAUGGCAUCUUCUGCCUUGGUGACUUCUGCUUCUGGUGCGACGCCGCCAGCUUCCUUGUUUGCCUCCUUGGUAAUGAUCAGCUAGACUCUAGGAAUUAAAGGAA